UUCAGAUUGCUUCCCUCCCUCCCUUCUUCCCUCUCUUCUCUUCUCUUCUCUUCUCUUCUCUUCUCUUCUCUUCUCUUCUCUUCUCUCUCUUUUCUCUCUCCCUCUCUUCUCUCUCCCUCUCUCUCAAUCUCUCAAUCUCUCAGUCUCUUUCUGACAUGGUCCCACUAUAUAGACCAGGCUGGCCUCAAUUUCUCAGAGACCCACCUGCCUCUGCCUCCAGAGUACUGGGAUUAAAGGCAUAGGCCACCACACCUAGAUGUUCCUUCCUGUUUCUAUUCAAUAUACUCCCAGAAAGUAAUUAUAUAUGUGUUAGUUUAUUUUUAAACAAAAACAAUGGGAACUUUCUGUGUCCGGUGCCGUAAGUGUCUGGGGCUAGCUUAGACAUGAUGGAAUCCUUCCUGCUUAGAACAGAGUACCUCCAUUGCUACUGUGUUACCAGCUUUGUAUGCUAUAUUUUAGCGUUUCCAAAUUAGUUCCAUAUUUUUUCCUUCUGUUAUCUUGUGUGUCUUUCAUUACUAGUGUCUUGAACAGUCUCUCCAUUUGCUGAUGAGGCUAACUUUCCUUAUUAGUCUUCUGUGUUGAAAACAAUAGACAACACAGAUGGCCGUGCUCUCCUUCCACACCAGUACCACAGAUCUUACAUGCAUUUUAGGACAAAGACGUUUUUUAAUUUCAUAGAUUAUUUUGAGUUAACUUGUUACUAAAUAGUACAUCUGUCUUCAUUUCAGAAUCCUGAGUCAUAGAUCGAGUGUGAGACGUUCCCGUGUUACUUGGAAAUGGUCUAUAAAUAGAAAAGUCGUAGCACAUCUUCUAAAUUGUGAGGUUUCCUCCUGGGUUUUGACCCAUCUUUAAUAUCAGAUUGGAUGACUGUCUGUCCAUCCUCCCAACUGAUUGAUCAUCAGAGGGAUUCAUAUUGGGAGGCAAGCAGCAAUCAAUACUGAAGGCUGAGGUCACUGACAGGGCCAAAGACAAUAAUACUGUGUGAAAUUUAGGAUGAAUUGCCUUGGGGGUUUUGUCUAGAUUUACUUAGACAAGGGAGUUGUUUAGACAAAUAUUGUGCUUUUAGGGGCUCUUUGAAGUGAGCAUCUAAUGAAUCAAGGAAGGGCAGUUAGACCCUCUUGGUGAGAGCAUCAGAAGACGAAGAGGAUUCGGUUACAGGCCUUUAGAGCUAUCAGUUGACCUUUCCUGAGGGGGAGAGGAACAUGGACGGCUGGGAAGUUCUUAGUUUCUACUGACUUUUAUAAUCCUUUCACUUUCUCCUAUUUUUUUAUCCCCAUCUUUAUCAUCUCUAGCCCUAGCCUUGAUUCAUUACUCAAUAACACAGAACAUUACAUUAUAAAGGAAAUAACUUCUAAUGGUAGAGACUCUUCCAUCAUUCUCCAUAUUACAUGCCUACCAUCUCAGAAUUAAUCAUCUUAUCUUAAUUGUAAGGAAAGCAAGGUCAUCAAUCCUAUUUGGAUUCAUUUCACAUUUCUAUAUUGCCUUUCUCCACUGAUAGGAGUGAGAGAUGAGUAAAAGAUUCCCACCUACUAAUUCACUGUGGCUUUUAGUUUUACAUGUUUUUUUUUUUUCUCCUCUUGCAAACAUUUGCUGCAGUAACGAGUUGAGCAUUUAUUUUCUGAUUUCUUGUUAAGCUGACCGGAUACCAUUGAUAAAGAUCGGCCAGUAAGUUAGCAGGCACAAACUAGAGACAUAGACACCAGUCAAAGAAUGCCCAAAAUAGGGUACACAUUCUGUUACACUUUCUCCCUGGGCCGAGAAAGGUGUUACUAAUAAACCGCAAAGCCCUUCCAUGAAAGUAGUCUGAGUUCUUGACAAUAUUGUAAUCUAACCAUUCUUUCUCAACAGCAUGACACCCAACCUGAACCCUGUCUUCUCUUCUUACUACAUCUAUAACACAAUUCUGGGCAUCAAGAACUGACUGGAAAAAUAAAAACAUGAACUAUCUGGCUCUCUGGACUAUAUGGGCAUCUUUUUUUUUUUUUUUUUUUUUUUUUGGUCUUGAAAAUGGGACCACACAAUGCCAUCUCUAUAGAAGAAAUAGAUCUGAUGUCCUGCAUUAUUAUAGCUGUAUCUUCAAAGGUACAGGAAAUAAGUGCUAUGGAUAAAAUAGAAAAUGUAUAGGGAAGGCAUCAAUAAGAGAGACAUUCUUCUGGAAAGAUCUUAAGACAGUUACCUGAAUGGUCCAAAGAAAUAUGUCAAAUGGCAAAGUCAACAAUAUACUUUUUGGUUUUUGUUUUAUACCCUCCUGUAGAUAUUAAAGAUUUUUUAAACCACAGAAGUAAUGGCUAACCUGAAAUCUCGUAUAGUGUUUAGAGUUCAGUACUGUCUGUUGCAGCUAUGCACAGGGUCUUGAAUCAGUGUGUGGAUAAUUGAGACUACCAUAUCCCAUUGUGCAACUUUUUUAGGUCUGUAAAUCACUGACUAGUUGUCUUAAUUAAAACAGGAAUUUAUUUAUAGACUACGGUAGCUGUGAAGCAAGGAAGAAUUGAACAGCUGAGACCUGAGCCAGGAAUCUUCUGGGACAUGACUAGAAAAAAAACUGUGGGCAUUUUCUACUCUUUACAACACCCAGACUAGGGAUUGUUUCUUUCAGUUUCAUGGAUUCAAUUUGAUGAAGAGAAAAGUCUGUUAGCAUUAGUGGGGGUGGGGGUUUGGGGGUCCUCUGGCCUGUGCUGACCAGUGACCCCUGAGAAGUCUAGUCGUUGGUGGCCACUAGAGUUUGCCUUUAUAUGCCAUGAGCAGCUGACUCCAGUCUUUUGAAUGGCACUUAGACUUUUUUCUCAUUUCAUGAAGAUCCAUCAUCUUACUUUGCAACUUAUGAAUAAAGUCCCUAAUUUUAGCCAGGCCCUUACCUUAGAGUGAAAGGGGAAAAGAAAGAGAAAAAGAAACUAGUAUUCAUGAAACAGAAAACAAAAAUUAAGAUUUAUUUGUAGCUCUAGCAAUAAUAUGUGAGCGCAUAUAUAUAUAUACAUAUAUAUAUAUAUAUAUAUAGUCAUGACUCCUAGGAAUUACAAGGUUCUUUUUGGUAUGCUGGACCUUUCCUCAGUCCUUGCUCUUGUGUUUACCAAGAGCAUUUAGGUUAAUCUGGAUUUCUUUGGGUGGCAACCACCAUUUAGUACUGAAGUCUGGACCGUUGACAGUCUAGCCCAGAAAACACAGUCAUUUGCUGCUAACUUCUCCUCCAGACUCCAUUCAUGUCCCACCAAAUCCCCAUCUGUCCCCUGGCAGCUGAUCGAUCAUUACAACCUACUUGAUUCUGCCUGUUCUUUUUCUGUCAGGGAUACUAAUGACCCCCAGAAAAUCUGAGGGUGACUCCUGCUCUCCUGAUCAGCCUGAAUAUAUUACUCAACAGAGAUCUGCCCAGGGCCUUCAGAACUUAGGGCCUAGAAUCAUAGAGGACAGUUAGACUUGCUCAUGGUGAGUGGAGGAAACCGUGUGUGUGCAGGCUUGGGUGGAUGUGCAUUGUAGGUGUGGACAUGACCAUGCCAGGAUCAAAGAUCUCAGACUCAUGGGAAAAGGCCAAAGCCUUCCUGGGCCAGGCCCAGGCAAAUGACAAAGCUUCCUCUAUAGAGACUGCUCCUACAGAGAUUAGCUAAACCUGCCUACUGAGCCAACUGAUACCAUAAACCCUGCCUUCAUGUUUAUCUGUAGUAAUCCCACCUCCCUAUCCUACUGUAUGCAGUAAGCCUGCCUCACCGUUCAAAAGUAGAUUAAUAAGCUCACUGAGUUUCCAGGGUGUAGGACAAGUUGAACUGUGUCACCAGACAGAAAUUUCAACUGGUAAAGUCAAGCAGAUUAAGGAAUCCCGGCGAUUCUCAUAACAGAACAGUAGGCAUUUAAAUCUGCAUUUAAAUCCCGACCAGAUUCUUGUCCUGGAGCAUGUGACCAUGACACCUCACUAAGAGGACCAUGACAACUGGUCACAUGGCAUAGAGCCCAGAGUUCUCCAUGCUAAUGAAGUGUCUAGGUGUGCCACCCAGAGGGUUUAACCAGUAAGCUUCUUAGACAUUUCCCUCCUGCAAAAGGUAUUUAAUCUCUAGCGCACCCUGAGUAAAUUUUAUACACCCUUUUCACCAUGAAUAAACAGUUGGGACACACAUAGACUGUUUCAUCAAGAACCACUUUGGGGGAAGCCUUUGUUACAGAGUUGCACAGCCUAAGUCUCUUGCAGACUGCCCCUCUGCGCUCCUGACACUCACCCGGAGCUGAGCCAGAUUCUCCCAUCCCAGAACUCAUCUCAGGCCCAAGGGCCAUGUUCUUAACUCUUCCGCAUUCUCAUUGGUGUCUGGGUACCCGUGAGUUUGAGAACCACAGCCUCGAUCCCAGCCUGCGCUGUUUCUCACCCGAAGAGAUAAGGGUUGGGGCCGCCAUCUUAGGCUUCAUUCUACCUCCCCUGAGCGGCGUGUCCCACGAGCCAGGCACCCUGAAGGCAGUGAAGAACUAACAGUCUAGAGCCCCCGAGUUUGUUUUGUCUCCCUGAGUGGCAUCCACGCAUACCAACGACAAGGCGAAAUGUAGAACCACACUAGGUGCUGUGGUUUCUCCAUCAAAGACCCCAGUCCACCUAAACCCAGUGUUUAUUUAUAUAAGCAUGUCCAUUUGUCUGUUCUUUAUUCCCUUAAUAGUCCUCUUAUCAGAUCAAGUUCCAAGGGCCAUACAAGGAUGCAGCAAUUGUUGCUAACCUUUCAUUUAUUACCUGUAUCCAUGCAGAAAGAGAGAUAUCAGUGUGUAUGGGCCCUAGGGUCAGCAUGAGCUCUGUGUCAGAAGCCUACACCCUACCUCUCAGAAUGCUGCUCUUAUCCCCACUGGAAACCCUUGGAAACAGUGAUUCUGUUUUCAUUUUGUUUACCACAGCAAUAAUAGAAGUGAUUUCAAAUUUUCCAUUGUGAAUGUAAUAUAUAUAAUAUAUAUGUAUAUUACAUAUAUAUGCACUCAUGUGUGUAAGCUCUCUUCUCUCACCUUCCACCUUAUUAUUUGAGACAGAAUCUCUUACUGGACAUGGUAGUUAAUCCAUUUAGCCAAGCUAGCUAUCCAGUGAGCUACAACUUUUUAUGAGGGCACUGGGGUUGCAACUUAGGUCCUCACACAGUUUUACACACUGAGCAAUCUCCCCAAAUUCUUCAUUGCUUUUUCUUUAAAGGGUACAAAUAUUAAGUCUCAAAUUUGCACUGUUUUAAAAAUAGACAUGAUUUAACAAUUUUUUUUGCAAAGAAAAUAGUGUCAAGUCUCUUCAGCAAAGUAACACCUUUAGUAAGUUACAUCAAAUUAUCCAAUCUUUCCCGUAGUUUUAUCCUUUUCAGUAAUUCAUGCUGUUCUGGAUUCUGUGGCAAAUUACAGAACUAUUUUAGGAUUAAGUUAGCUGGAAGACAUUGCUUCAGGGAGAGGUUUUUGUUGCCCGUUGCCCUAGCAAUGUGUUCUUGUUUCCUUUGCCAGUUGGUUUCUCAGUGACUGGAGCAAUGCUGAGUCCUCUGAAAACUCACCUCACCCAUCCCCACCCCAGACCCCGGGUGUGAGCAAGCCUGGGGCUUUUCCCAGGAAUUGGGUACACUCCUGCCCUUCAUGUGUACAUUUUCAUUUCAAAUAAGGGCUGAGAACAUUAUUUGGAACUUGUGUUUAUUAGAAAACUCACCACUGGGCUGUACAAUCCUUUGGUUGUAUAACAUGUGAGUCCAAAACCCUGGCUCCUGAUACAUUUGUCUCUACAGCGCACAGCAGCCUAACCCUUUCCCAUAUACUGAAGCACUGCUGACCGUCUUGUAAUGAUUUAUGAUUUCUCAACAACCCUAGGCUGUAAGAUCCCUAUUUCACUAUUUACUGUAAUUUUCCCAGUGGAUGUUUAUCAUGAAUUUGAAUGCAUUGAUAGGUCCCUUUUGGCUGAGGAAGAUAAUUCAGUUCUGUUCUUGGUUUUAACUCACUUUGUGGAUCAGUUGCUUUCAUAAAAAUUUUGGCUUGUGGAAUCCAUUUUCUCUCAGAACAUUGAUUUUUCUUCUGACAUGCAAUUUAAAUUGGAGCCGUGUUUUCUGGUGCAAUGAUAGCCCUAAGACACAGCAAAAUCACACUGAUGAUUAUAACAGUCCCCUUGAGGGGGGUCAAAUAUUGGUGUGAUGCUAAAAGCAAGCUAAUUAAUUAAACAUGAUUAGGACCGAUUUCAUGUUUGAGCAAAUGGAUCCGAGGUGUAAUGAAAGGAACUGUGGUGCGUUAGCUGAACAGAACAUGCUGACAGGACUCUAAGUCCUCAAUAUUCUCCCACACGGAACGCCUCCUGUUGCUUCAGUGGUCUUCGUCGUCGUCAUCGUCGUCGUCGUUUGGUUGGUUUGAUUUGGUUUUCUGGAUCACAUUAUACAUUGAAGAGAGCAUCUGAAACAACAAAAAUACUUAAAAGCAAGUAAAAUGAAUUUGAGAAUAUGUCUGCUGAACCAUUCAUUGGAACCCGAAUGUGAACACCUUAUACCUGAGUGUUCUGGGAGGAAAAGCAUCGUAGUAUUUCCCCUGUUUCUAGAAGAUAUACGCUAAGCCAUAAAGGGACUGAAGAGGUUUGUGCCACCAUCAAAGAUUGGAACAGUACAGAGACGGUGAUUCAUUCUUAGCGCUUUGCCACAGGAAUUCCUCUAGGGUUAGUCAGGACUCUAGGUGACUUUUGGAGAACAGCUAGCCUUUUGUAAGCACAGUUACACAAGCAUGCCAACUGCAGCCGUUACUCAGAUGUGGCAUUGCUGCCAAAUAUGUCUGAAGAGUUCUAUGGACCUGUGCCUUUAUUGAUCUUUAAAAUGCUUCUCCUUUCUACCAGCUGAAUCACCUUCAUCUGGGAAAGGCAGCAGCAUAUUUAUCUAUACCACUAUGUCAACUUCCCUGUUCUCUGUCAGAAUAAAGAUGAGAAGGGUUUGAUUGUUUGAUAGCUCACUGGAGAAUGGAUGGGCCAAUCACACUGUUGCUGUUAUUCUAAAUAAGUAUGGUGGGUAGCAGAUAGCAAGGGUCUAUGUGCAUUAGUAAAUUUGAGCUGGUUAGAAAGCAGGAAAUAGAUACCACUGCCAAUGCCAAUAUUUGUCAGAGUUCCUGAUGGAAAGUUGGAGAGCAAAGUUAGUGAGUCCAAACUUGAAGGUAAUUUUUAGAGGUUGUGUAUGAACUGAAUGGCCUAGUUAAGAAAACAAGCACUGGUUUAUGGGUUUCCAGGAACUAACAUACCAUAUGGGGCAGCCCAUACCAAGACUCCUAGGCUUGAAGGAGAAACACAUUUCCAGUGUUAGGAAGCUGACAAGAACUGAAGAAGAGAAAAGCAGCAAUCAGUAAGAGCUGUGACUGUGGAAGAAAGAAUAGCUUCCAAGAUCUUGGUGCAGUAGACGUGGAAUUACACAGCCUGUUUCUUCUUUUAUUCUCUAAACUUCUUGCUUGUGGUGUUAGAUGUUCUCAGCUAUCUGGCAGCCAUUGGAACUGAGAAACAAACUAGACCAAUCAUAAUGUAUGUAAAGAUUCAGGCCUGGGACUUGACUGUAGAGCGAGCUGGAAGGACUGUGUUCCAGGACCUUAAUGCAUUCAGAGUUCUUUCUCUUGAGCUGGUUUUGUUUCUUCAAGAUCAGUGUCGAACACAUGCCUAACCCUAGAGUAAAAGACUCCUGGGAGCAUAGCAGGGGAAAAAAGCCAAGGUUUUGAUGUCAGGAAGCAUAUGACCUUUUCUAGGUUAAUGAUGUGUCCACCGUGUGCAGCAUUCCCCUAGCCUAAAGAACAUUUAGCAGCGUCAGGGAAGGCCAUUCAGUAUUGGGCAGGUCUAUACAUUUCCCAUGAAUCCCACUUUAAUUGUGACCUCCAUAUCCUCUACUUUUUCUUGUGAUUUUAACACUUGAGUUUAAGUAUGUUGUCUAAUUUUCAAAUAUUUGGGAAUACAUUCUACAUAUGUCUGAAAAGAGUAUGUAUUUUUCAAUUAUUGGGUGGGAUGUUUUAUAAAUACUAGGUAAAAUUUGGUAAUUCUUUAAAUCUGAUAAAUCUUUUGGUUUUACAGUCUUAUUUUUGAGAGAAGGUCUCACUAUGUAGCCCAGGCUAAACUGAACUUAGUUGACCUUGAACUCAUGGUAAUUGUCCUGCUUCAGCUUCCUGAGUGACGGAGUAACAGGCUUAAGCCACCAUUCCUGACUUCUCCACUGAUUUUCUGUCAAUCUUCUAUGGUGAUUAAUAAGAGAGUAAUACUGAAGUCUCUCGGCAUAAUUUUGAGUUUGUAUAUUUUGCCAUCCAUUUCUGGUAGUCUUGUUCCACGUACUUUCCAGGUCUUUCAUUAGGAGUCAGUAGUGCAAAUCUAAGAUUGUUAUAACUUGCUAAUAAAGUGAGACAGUCUCCUUAUGCCAUGCUGGCCCAUGCCUGCUAACUGCCCGAAGUGCUGCCAGUACUCCCUCCUCUACCUUUUUCCUUUGCAUUGGAAGCUUGUACAAGUGUACAGCUUCCCCUACCUACUCCAAUAGUUGUCCUUUCAUCCGUGGUUUCCAGCAAGUUUGCGUAUUGCUGGUUUGUUGUGUUUGUCUUGCUUGUGGUUAGUUGAGCCGUUUUAAUCCAUGAGUUUAUAACUUUGUUCAAACUUGAAAAACUAAAGGUACUAUCUCUUUGAAUAUUUCCUGCCCAGUCCUACGUUCCCCAUUCUAUUGGUGCCAGAAUGCUUAACAUGUCAGAUACGUUGCCAGGGCUCAUUUUACUCUUCCUUGGCAAUCCAAAAAUCGGUGUUUGGCAGAAAUCACGGACAGUUGAGUGGCUCACCUCACACAUUUCUGCUGUCCCAGGGAUUAGACUGCUGCCUGACAAUGAACACCUAAAACUGAUGGUUGCCUGAAGUCGGUUUGUUGUGUAUGGCGGGAGCUUAACGAUGGGCAGUGGGCCCUGAAUUCACUUCUGUUUACUUCUUGUUUCACCUUGAGCAAGGCUAACUUCCCCCAUCACCACUUUUCCAUCUUUAAAAUCGGGAGACUUUAUGUCUACCUUCUAGGGUCCUUGAGAUCCCCAGUCGUGUGUAUUGUACAUAAAGUGUAUGAUGCAGAAUGAAUUCCUCAUAUCAGACGUUACUCAUCCUUAGAACAAUCAGUUUGUUGGCAGGCUUAGAGAAGAUGGCUGGCACAAGGCGAAGGGAUGUUGAAAAGUCUGAGACACUUGAGCAAAGGCAGUGAUUUGAGAAUCUGGCCAUUUCACAGAGACUUCUGACAGGCAGCUCUCCUGAGGAAUUUGGAACAUAGGAUACUUAAGGUCACUUAAGGCAAUAGGCCAGGCUUCUCUGGCUAGAAGAGCAAAGAUUAUUAGCAGGCAGGGUGACAUGCCUUAUAACCUCAGUGCUGCCAGUAAAACCCAGUGCAGGUAACUGGAGAAUACCUGGCCUGCAAUUAAGGUUAAUGGUAACCUACUUCUAUAGCGAUUGCUAUCAGAAUUGUGUGUUAGAAAAAAAAAUCUGUAUUAGGCCCAAAGGACUGGUCUUUCUCAUUCUUUUGGUUACAGAAAUGAAAUAAUGGAGCAUACUUUCAUACUUUUUUUAACAUCAUGCCUAGAGCCUUAUUUUAUUGUCAUCCCUUAAUGUUUAUAUUAACAUUAAUAAAAAGAGCCUUACCCCCCAAUGCCCCGUUUAUGUUGCUUUUUAUGUCCUCAGUUGUGUGAAUCUCAAAAAUCAUUUCCGAAGAAGUUCUACAAAUUUCAUUCGUGGGAGCUGGAGAGAUGGUUCAGUGGUUUAGAGCACUGACUGCUCUUCCAGAGGUCAUGAGUUCAAUUCCCAGCAACCACAUGGUGGCUCACAACCAUCUGUAAUGGGACCCAGUGCUCUUCCCUAGCUACAGUGCAAUCACAUACAUAAAAUAAAUAAAUCUUUUAAAAAUCAUUCAUAUGUAUGUUUUAUAAACCAAUGCUUAUCAGUUUACAGUUUUUUCUUAAUCAUCUCUCUUUAGAUCAUUACAUAUCUUUUUAACCCAGCCUUCCUACUGUGGAGCUCUUCACAGAAUAAUUGGAAUAAAAUUACAAGAAAAGAAAAUAUGCUAUCAGUUUUUUGUUAUUGGUUUUACUUUUAGUGAUUAAAAUUGUAUGCUUUCUGUAUUCUUGAUUUUGCUUCAUACUGUUUAAUAAAUAUAUUCCUUGUUAACCAACAUACCUAAUUUUUUUUGAUAACUUAGACAUUAGAAGUACCAACAUCUAUUUUCUUAAGCAUUUACUCUCUGAGACUAUGCAGAGGCUCUUAAUGUCUCAGGACUCCUACAACUUCCUAAACAUUUUUCAGUCAGUUUACACCAGAUCUUACCUAGAUGUACCUCCCCUUAGUCUUUACCCAUUCUCAACAUAAUUUGUACUACUUUAAAUAUGUGACUCUUGUUAAAACGUUCAGCAAAACUAUAUUCACAUAUAGGUUUCUUUAUUUGCAAGUCCUUAUCUCUCUGAGGAAAAGGCCAUAUGAGACAGUUAAUUGUAAUUAUCAUUAGUGUAUAUUGAUGUAACUCUUUAAAAUACUAUGUCUUUGGAAGCUAUGCCUAUAAUAGACUUACUGGGCUCUAUGAUCAUGAAUUGGACCUUCAGUGAAGCAAUGUUUUAAUGUCUCCAUGCAGACCCCUGAGGGUCUAUCGUUUUCAGAGCUGAUCAGCCACUUAGCUGAAGCUAUUACAUCGGAUGAUGUGAUUUCUAUUUUGGGUGCUUGAAGGACUUGGAAUCUACUUUACUGGAGUGCUUCCAUAAAUUCUUAUGAGCUCAAUUAUUCUCCUUAACUUCUUUGAUGAAAAGUCGCUUUGCCCUUCAUUUACAGAAGUGAUAUUUAAUUUAUCUCCAUUGUGUGUAUUAAUUUUUUAAGCCAGGAUUUACUUGCACCCUUGAUGCAGUUCAUAUACCCACAGCCUUGGAAGCUUCCUUGGAGAAAAUAAUUUGGAUCCCCAUUCAUUACCAGGCUUAUCCUUAUUAUUGGACUUAUUGGUGAGGCAAUGAUGACGUGAGGAUAUUUGAUACUUCAAGGUUAAGCAGUUAGUAUUAGAGGCAGCCAGGAAUCAAGCUGAGUGGUCAGAAGCCCAUGGUCUUAGUCACUCGCACCUUCUUCUUCUGUCUUUUACCUCAACAUCCCCAUCUGUGGUUGGACAAUAAAUGAUGUCCCUCUGUAAGUGUCACAGGAGGUGUUCUCUCUAGAAACUGGACCUUCAUCCAAAGUUUGCCACUAAGUGUGAUGGAAAUACUGAAAUCCCACUGGGGUUUCCUUCUGCUGUAGAAUGGAUGGGUAGAUGGGAAGACAUAUAAGAACACUUUCUGCUUCAAAUAGUUUUCAUUUAGUUUGAAGUUAAAAAUAAUUUUAGAGAUCCAAACAUUUCAUUCCUUUAUAUUUGGUAGCUAUCAUCCUUCCCUGUAGAUUCUCAAACUACUGUAGCCUGCUUCUCACUCCAUCCUGCUUUCUGGUCUACCAACAACCUUCUUCUGCUCGGACACACUUCCUUCUGAUAGAAUCCCAUCCCGUAGUGGUGAGGACCUGGUGGUGCUUGCUCAUGUUUCUCCUGGGACGGAGCAACACAAUUUUUUUUCACAGAAUUUAUCCACAUUGCUAAUUCUGUUACAUGCUAUCAUUUACCACUGUGGUGGUGGAGGUGUUGGGAGGUGAGUCCUGACACUGUAGAGCGUUGAAUCUGACUGAAGCUAGCCAUGAGCCUCUUUCCAGCACUGUAGGUAUGGGUGUGUAUAAUUACGCACAGAGCUGUGUACUGUCACAUUUCCCACACUCAUUCAGCCAGAGCAGGUUUCAUGGCCAGAUCCAAUAUGUGUGUGGUUAUGAAACACUGCCUCUCAUAGCAGUCACAGAGACGGGAGGACGAUUCUGAACUCACACUGCCACACAAGGAGGGCAGCCAAGAAGUCAAACAGUAAUCCUUGUGCCAUGGGUAGAGAGACUGACUGCAUCUGGGGAAGGUGGACUUUUGAAUGCUGCCUCCAUUGUAAAUGGCAUAUUACCUUUUCUUUCUGUCUGUUCCCACUGUUUUGAUUACUGACAGCAGCCCCCAGGCUGAUGUCGUAGGUUAGCCUCAGCCAAGUGCAGCUCAUCAUUUGAAUGUUUGGGGAAAGCACAGACUUUCAAAGGUGUCGCCUCUGAAGGCUUUCCCUGUGACAACUUCAAUGAGCAGACAGCAAAAGACCUUCCCAAUAAGGAUGGAGGGACUUGGGUCCUGGGUUACAGAGCCAGCCCACCCUGUCCAUUUCUGCUCCAUGAAGACAAGGAAAAGACAAGUAGAAGUGAAUUGUACUUGGAUCUCAACUCAUACAUUGUUAAAAAUGCCUUGCUGCAGCCAGAAUUCCUCAGACCUCUGGGGUUGGCAGGAAGCUGUCCUACAGCCUGACCAGAGCCCCACAGAGCAGGACGACAGGACUCCAGGCAGACUCCAAGCUGUCUGGCCACCCCCAAAGACAAAGGACACAGAAGAAAAAGUGGGACUGAAGUACACUGAAGCAGAAUACCAGGCUGCUAUUCUACAUCUGAAGAGGGAGCACAAAGAAGAAAUCGAAAACCUGCAGGCUCAGUUUGAACUUAAGACAUUUCACAUCCGGGGUGAGCAUGCAUUAGUAACAGCAAGACUUGAAGAAACCAUUGACAAUCUCAAGCAACAGUUAGAAAAGCGCCGGGGAGAAUGUGAAGAGAUGAGAGAUGUGUGUGUUUCCACUGACGAUGACUGCUUUCCAAAGGCCUUCAGAAAUGUGUGCAUCCAGACAGACAGAGAGACGUUCCUCAAGCCCUGUGAUGUUGAAAGCAAAACGACCAGAAGCAGCCAGAUAGUGCCCAAGAAACUGACUAUCUCCUUAACCCAGCUGUCUCCCUCAAAGGACAGCAAAGACUUCCAUGCCCCACUCCAGACAAGAGAAUGCAUCCCCUCAUCUAGUCAGCAGAAGAUAUCCCCUCCAGCUCCUCCCACACCACCCCCUCCCCCUCCCAUCCCUCCCCCUCCCCCUCUCCCACCUGGCCUUGGACCUUUGCCACCAGCACCACCCAUAUCACCUGUGAGUGCUGGAUCACCACUGCCACCUCCUCCACCUCCUCCUCCACCUCCCCUGCCUCCAAGUGCUGGACCACCCCCACCUCCUCCUCCUCCACCUCUUCCUAAUGUCCAGACUCCUCCUAACAGUGGAGGUCCACCUCCUCCUCCUCCUCCUCCUCCCCCGCCAGGACUUGCACCCCCACCUCCUCCUGGACUGUCCUUUGGACUCAGUUCUUCUUCCAGCCAGUGUCCUCGUAAACCAGCCAUCGAGCCCAGCUGUCCCAUGAAGCCUUUGUAUUGGACUAGAAUACAAAUAAAUGAUAAGAGCCAAGACGCCACACCAACUUUAUGGGACUCCUUAGAAGAACCUCACAUUAUGGACACCAGUGAAUUUGAAUAUUUAUUCUCCAAGGACACAACUCAACAAAAGAAAAAACCGCUGUCGGAGGCCUACGAGAAGAAGAACAAAGUCAAAAAGAUCAUCAAGUUAUUGGAUGGAAAGAGAUCUCAAACUGUGGGAAUCUUGAUAUCUAGUUUACAUCUAGAAAUGAAGGAUAUUCAACAGGCCAUAUUUAACGUGGAUGACUCUGUGGUUGACCUGGAGACCUUGGCGGCCUUAUAUGAAAAUAGAGCCCAAGAGGAUGAACUGACUAAAAUAAGAAAGUACUACGAGACAUCCAGAGAAGAAGACUUGAAGCUGCUGGACAAACCUGAACAAUUUUUGCAUGAGUUAGCCCAGAUUCCCAAUUUUGCUGAACGUGCCCAGUGCAUAAUCUUCAGGGCUGUAUUUUCCGAGGGUAUCACAUCCUUACAUCGAAAAGUAGAGAUUGUCACACGGGCCUCAAAGGGCCUGCUGCACAUGAAGAGUGUGAAGGAUAUCUUAGCUCUCAUUCUGGCUUUUGGAAAUUAUAUGAAUGGAGGAAAUAGGACUCGAGGGCAAGCAGAUGGAUAUAGUUUAGAAAUUCUGCCCAAACUCAAAGACGUCAAAAGUCGGGACAAUGGGAUGAAUCUGGUGGACUAUGUUGUGAAGUACUACCUGCGGUACUAUGAUCAGGAAGCCGGAACAGACAAGAGUGUUUUCCCGCUCCCUGAACCACAGGAUUUCUUCCUGGCCUCCCAGGUCAAAUUUGAGGACCUCAUAAAGGAUUUGAGAAAACUGAAGCGUCAACUAGAAGCAAGCGAGCAACAGAUGAGGCUGGUGUGCAAGGAGUCCCCAAGGGAGUACCUACAGCCUUUCAAGGACAAACUGGAGGAGUUCUUCAAGAAAGCCAAAAAAGAGCACAAAAUGGAAGAAAGUCACUUGGAGAAUGCACAGAAAAGUUUUGAAACAACAGUGGGAUAUUUUGGAAUGAAGCCAAAGACUGGAGAGAAGGAGGUCACCCCCAGCUAUGUGUUUAUGGUGUGGUUUGAGUUCUGCAGCGACUUCAAGACCAUUUGGAAGCGGGAGAGUAAGAACAUAUCUAAAGAAAGAUUGAAAAUGGCUGAGGCAUCCGUCAGCAAACUGACAUCAGAGAAGAAAGUGGAGACAAAGAAAAUCAAUCCCACUGCUAGUCUGAAAGAACGACUGCGUCAGAAGGAAGCCAGCGUGGCCACCAACUAAGAUGAAAACCAAAGGAAGUUACAGCAUGAGAGGUGGUGCCGCGGUGCUCCUGCGGACAUGAGUGCCGUGGGGAGUCCCUGAAAGAUCAGUUAGGGACAUUUGCUCAUCUCCUUCUGAGGUCAUCUGCAGAACGUGCCCUGUGCCUUCUCUGAGAAGUCUCUUGUCAAUCCAUGGAAACAAUGCAAAGCUAUGUAUGGGAACACUAAAGGAAUAUUUAAUUGUUUCUUACAGAAGUCCAAAGUCCACCCUAUAAUAAGAUCAGAAAAAUGGACCAUUUUUUCACAUUUUAUUUAAGCAGAAAUUCUAAGCUUUCUAGUGUAUAACCUUGUCAUGGGAAAAGAGGUGAAUCUUUUAUGGUGACGCCCCUGAGAGAACUCAGGCCUUGUUCCUCACACACUACAUUUUUUUGUAUUGAGCUUAAUUUUUAUCCUGUUAUACCAAGAUCCUAUGGCAUUUCCACCAAAAAUAUUGAAACUCACCAGGACUGUUUUUUGAGAGGAUUUAAUGUUGCGUGCCUAUCACCCAGACUAGAGAAAUGAUUUUGGAAAAGGGGGAAGAGGAGGAAGAGGAAGAGGAGGAGGAGGAGGGAGAGGAGGGUGAUUGAUGAUGGUGGUGGUAGUAAUGAUGGUAUAAUGAAAAGGCAAGGAUUGAAAUUCCACGUGGGUGAAGAGGGAGUAAUAACCAUAAACCUUACUCUGGAGAAGAAGGUAGACGAUGAAAGUGAACAUCAGUUAUUGAGAUAGGCCCAUUCAGUUAAUAUGGCUUCCUGACAAGUAGGGAUUCUGUACCAACUUCUAGUAGAAACAAGGCGAGGACAGACCUGGAUCAAGAGGACUCACUUGAGUGAGGAGUUACAUGGCUUCAAAUCUAUUGUGGACAGCAAAUAAACACUAUACAGAUAUGCAGAUGAGGUCUACACUAUAUUCUACAACUUGUAUCCUGGUCUCUCCCACCACCCCCAGCAGUUCCCAGACAGGAGAACAAAUGCCACUGUCCCCUUUUAUCAUGACCUUGUGAAGGAAGUUAGCCAGGGGGCAUUUGCUGUCCAAAAAAAAAAAAAAAAGUGUGAGCAGAAAAGAGGUUUCAUAGUACCAUGAAAGCAGAACACUUACGUUAAUAUUAACCUGUGACUGGACUGUCAGGACCAGGUGGUAUUUUCUAGCUCUGACCCUUAAAUCACAGAGAAAAGCUACCUUGUCCCUUCUCCCUCCAUCUUUACCCCUAAGCCACCAAUGUUUGAGCUUCCCCGGUGAGAGAACAAGAAAGAGGCCCGAGCAUGAACUGGCGAUUGUACUGAAGACUGUGGUUUUUAAGCCUUGAAGUAAUAAAAGACCAUGCUUUCAUAUUGGUGGAGACAGUCUAGAGUUGCUCAGAAUCCUGUAGCUUUUGCUGAUCUGGCUAUCUCUGGCUGCCAUGUGGGGCCUGCCUCUUGCCUCAGAAACUUUCAAGAACCUUUGAACUUGCCAGAUACCUUAAGUGUCUUCCCAGAAUCUGCCCACCAGUCAUCAGCCCCCCACUCAGGGACACUCUGCUAAUAGACUCAAGCUAAGGAAAGCCACAUCACAGCCUGACAUAGUGCAAACCUUGUAAAGCAAGAGUCGCUGGCAUCUGAUAAGUCACUGAUGCCAUUUUCAUGACAUCAUGACAGUUAGCCUAUAGGUGCUAACUGUCUUUCAGUGGUUCAAAGGAAAGAGAAUGGUCACAUGGUUUGUUUUCCUCAAAAUGAAGGGGUGGCACAAAAGAGACAAUCAAAUAUGGAACUUAGCAGGGUUAGAAUGGCUAGACGUCACUGUUCCUUUCCUAUGUCUUUCUAGUGUUGUUUUUCAUUGUUCUCACUGUGAGGAAGGGCGAGAGUCUUAACCCACAAGGCAAAUUCCACAUGCAGACAUCCUUACUCCAUGGCGCCCUUGUCAGUAUUGAAGUAUAAAAGAGAAAUGCAAUUUUGCCCAUAGCACAGCAUUCUGUGAGAUCUGCAUAAGCCUAGAUCUUUAUGGAUCCUGUGGGUGGGUUGAGUAGGAACCGAGGGUUUUCCGUGGUGUUGAUGCUACCUCAGGUCUCUAAGAUGCACAUGAGUCAACACAAGCAGCGCUGUCUCUCCCUUGGUCCACAGCAAAGCCUGCAAGCUGUCAGGAAGUAGACCGUAUUAUUGCGUGUUGGGGUCGGGGGGCUCUGUGCUUCCUAACAUCCUAACUCUAGUUUGUAGUACUGACCUUUACCCCUUCAAAAGUCAAAGAUAAAACCCGUUGGGUUACGGAGGCUGCAGAGAUGGCUCAGCAGUUAGGAGCACAAGGUGUUCUUGUAGAUGGCCUGAGGUUAGAUUCUAGUGUCCAUGCCGAGUGGUCCACAGUUACCUAUAGCUCUAUCUUAGGGAAUCUGACAUCCUCCCUGUCCUCCAGGGGCACCUGCACUCAACAUGCACACACACACACACACACACACACACACACACACACACACAUACAUGCCCCCACACAGAGACAUACACAUAUGCACAUAAUUUAAAAAUAAAAAUGAGUCUUAAAAAAACAAAUGGGGACAUGAUACAGCAAGACAAAUGAGAAAAAAACUACAAGUAUACUUUUGACUCAAAUAUCACAUUUUACAAAGUAGUCUAGAUUGUGUUAAAAAUCACUACCAAGAAGUAUGUAUUUUCUUUGAUUUUUAUUUUCAUUUUUCUUUGUACUUAUCAAAAAAAGAUGAUGAGAAAGCCUCUGUUUCCAUAGAUGUAUUAAUAUACAAAUAAGUUUAAUUAUUGAAUCACAAAGUGGACAAAAGUGGACAUACUAUCAAAUCCAAAAUGGUAACCAUGCUAAAUAAGCAUGUAUGAAAUUAAAUGGUCGUGAUGGCCAGUGGGUGGGGACAAAGAGCCUAUGAAUUUUGAAGUCUAGGAUUGUCUUCGGGAACUCAGUCUAGAAAGGGCCACUUAGAGAAUGACAUGUGUUCUAGAAUUGGAUUGUCGCUUCUUCCUGUGAACCCUCCUUAAGGGGACUUUAUGCGUGAGCAGAGUAUCAGAGGACCAUGAGUACAGCAAUUCAUAGUUGAGCUGUGCUAGCUUGAGGGAUGCUGCAGCUAAGUAGGGUGGACUGGGUCAAGCAAGGAACUUAGCCACAUGUCAGCUCUUUCAUGGCGUGAGGAAAUUCUCAUGCAAGUGAGACAAGUCUGUUCCCAAACUGUAGAGCUGUAGAAGAUUGAUUAAUUUUUAGCCCUCACAAAAGACAGAUAAUCUUGGAUACAUACAUCUUCAUCUGCUAUCUAUAGAAAGAUUCAUCCCAACUGCUAGAAGCUAUGAGCAGUACAGAAUUGACUUAAAGAAAGGUACCUCCGAAAGCCUCAUCAGCCCAGCAGCUCUGCCCCUGUGGACUUAACCCAAGUGUUCUUAAUGCUGGUGGCAGUUACACAGCUGUACGUGACCAAGAGGCACAUUUUGUGUCACCCCUGCUUUCCUGUCAGCCAUUGACACCGUCUUAGGAUCUCUCAUUAUUAGUUUCUCCAUUCUACACCUCCCUUCUCCUCAGGGAUGGGCAGUCUACCAUACUCCCUCAAGACAGUGCUUUGCCAAGAAGUGGUAAAUUUAAAAGUUGAAGCACGUUUCAUGAGAAGCCAAUUCAGUGGCCUUAUUUGUUUCAAGACACUGCCUUCUAUCCCAUUUGGGGAGCUUGAAUACUUAACAGCUUCCUGAGAAACAUGGAGACAUUAACACUGACUGGGUCAGUGUUAGCUCACUGACUGGGUCUCUUCAGCUGUCAGGUUUCUGCCAAAAGAAUACUAGAAAAAACAAAAGAAGCCAUUGCUGCCCUUAAGCAAAACUUACUGGUCUCUAUUCUGCACUCUGUCUCAGCCCAACUCCAAACGCCCUAUGGCUGACCAGUGCCACUGAGGCCCUUUUAUUUCUCUGCUUUUCUCUUUUCGUCAGUCAGUAUCCCGCAGGAACCCUUUAUCUCAUACAUUUGCUGUCAAAUUCUUGGCCUAGAGGAGACUGAACUAACCUCAGCUUGUUUGUUUGCUUGCCUUUAAGGAACAGAUCAAGCCUACUCCACACACUGUAUACUUCAUACUACAAGCUCCAUCUGUCUUCAGAUAAUUGUCUGAUUUUUUUUCUUAGUCUUAAGUAUACAGGGAAUCCCCUGGAGGCUGAUCCAAUGGCUUCUGUGGUUCCACAGUAUUUUUCAUGGUUCCUGUGAAACAUGAUUGUGCUUGGCUGCCAAAGCACCAAUGAGUCAGUAUGCUCGGGCAGAAAUGAGCAUUCCCAAGGAUUUGACAGGGAAUAAACAGGCCCUAACACAUUAAGGAUGUGACCUAGGCUGAGUGUUACCUUAAAAUGCCUUGUGUCCUCCAUCUGUGAAGCUAUAAAGAUCUCUUAGAGUGUUAGAGUGGAUACUCAUCUAGUGAAUAGUGUGAAUUUCCAAUGUGUUAUCUUAUAUCAAGGAAGAAGUCAAGUAUGCAUCAGCAGGUUUACCAGAGUCACACCUCUCCUCCUCCACUGUUCUCUUCCAGGUUUGAUUUCCAUCUUAUAAAGCAAGGUAUUUUUAAUUGUUCACCUUAAUUGGGUUUCCAAGACCAUACUUCUCAAACAAAAUGCCAGCCCCAUAGACACUGAGCACCCAGGGAGGUUACUCUGCUUCUCCAUAGCAUCACUUACAGAUGUUCAAAAGUGAGCAAUUCUGGGAAUCCAUUGAGUGGAUUUUAAUGUGUUUUAUGUCUAUAAUAUAGGAAAAGGUACGGUCAUCGUGUACAAAUUGUACUGAUUUUCCAUUGAAGGGCUAAAAGGCAUUUAGUAUACAUGAUAGGUAAGUUUUGUGAACUACAAAUACCCUUUUUCCUCUUUUUUCAAAAAGACAUAUUCAUUUUUAUUUUAUGUGUAUGACUGUUUGCUUACAUGUAUGUAUGUGCACCACCAGUAAGUGUCUGUAGAAACCAGAAGGAGGCUGUCAGAUCUGGGCCUGGAGUUCCAAACAGUUGUGAGCCACCACGUGAGGGCUAGGAACAAACCUGGAUCCUCUGCAAAAGCAACAAGUACGUUAACCCCUGAACCAUUUCUCCAUCCCCCUUUUCCUGAUAUAGUCUAAGUGUUUGAUGUCUGACCAUCAGUCUCUAGUGGUUCGGCACAGAUUGUGGAAGGCAUUCCCUACUCUUGGAAGCAAACACAUGAAUAAAGAAGAAAUGUAAAGUGGUUUUAUCUGCAGUGAUCCAAGUAGAAUUUGUGGGGAAGAAACCUACAGGCAUGGGUUUCUUCCAAAAAUCAUUAAUUUUUCUAAUUCUAUUUUACAACUUGCUGAGACACAAAUACUGUGCCCCUCCUAUUCUACUGACCACUGGCUGUGUAAUCUUUGAGGAAUAUAUGCUUUUAGGAAAAAGGAUUUCCCUUUAAGGUAACAAUCUAAGAUACUCUCUGAAAGGCAGAAAGUUUACAAAUUAGACACUGGGUAUUUUUUAAGAACCUUUAGUGGAAGCAUGUCAUCAAUUCAUCACAGGGUUUUCCUGUCUUUGAAUUAUAAUCCAGACUAGUGUGGGAAGCAGUCUCCCUGGACUUUGAUUUAGGGAUCAUGCUUUGGCCUGGAAAAUGAGCAUUGGCCUGCAUGUCUAGAGGCUCCCUGAAAUCAGUUAGCAUCCUAAUGUGAGUCAGAUGCUACAGAAAUGCAAGGCACUUCAAGUCAUUUAUGGUUUGGCUUGGUUUGGUUUUUCUUAGCACCACCUGGGAUCACGGAGGCUACUUCCUUAGAUUCACAAGACCUGAGCAGUGUUUCCUGUCUUCCUCCUGAGACAGGGAAAAUAGGAAACAGGAGAGAAGGAAGAAUGAACAAAUCCAUUGCCAGUGCAGUGUUUUGCACAGCUUUUGCCAUGAUAGCACCAGGGACAGGUUUUAAUAGAAAUUCAAGUCAUUCUUAUUACAAAAAUAGGAGUGUCCGCAUGUUGUUAUGACAGACUGUGCUGCAAAAGCAGGUAUUCCAAUGACACUGGCCUAUGCUUGGCUGAGUAACUUCCGGCUUCAGAUUCUGUUACAAGUGUCACUUGCCCAAGGACCUUACUGUUCCUUCUGAGCAUCCCAGCACCUAGAGUCACCUAGCUUUCCUCCAUCCACGUUUGUCUUCAGCUUCUCCUUCCCUCACAUAUCUCUCUGGAAGGAACCUUUGCAGCUUCUCCUGGACCCAGAUACCCUUUACGUCUGCAGCAUAGACACCAAAUGUCCCAUAGUCCUCUCACGCCCUGUGCUCCAGCAGUCAGUGUUUGGACAGAGCACUACUGUCACCAAGGAGCCUGUGUGAGACACACUGCUGGGACAGCCUCUUGUUAAUGUCACCAUCACCUCAUCACUCAGGCAAAGAGGGGAAAAUCCAUAAAAGAGGUGGAAAACGCAUUUCGUUUUUUUUCAUUUUGUUCUACUUUAUUAAAAAGGUUGGGUGUUCUAGUUCUUGGUUUCUCAUAGAUUUUUAAACUAAUUAGGGAACACUUUUGAUCCAUCACAGCAUGUCACCAGCCAUAUAAGGCUCAGUCUAGGACUCUCAGCCUCCUGCGCUGCUGGACACAUUGACCUCUGUGCAAACAUCUUGAAUCGUAAGACUUCUUACUGCCACUCCAUUCUUGCUACUGCUCAUGACGCAAAUGUCUACCACAAUCUGAACUAGGAUGUUGACAUUUUGUGGUUAUUUUCAGAUCAGUAAUAACUGCUUUGCUCUUCAAAGCACUCAUAGAAAGUGUAAGCAUGUCCUGAAUAGUUUACUGCUCUGUCAUGGUAAACUCAGCCUUUCUGUUCAAAUAUCAGACCAAUCCAUAGGUGGAAAAUUAACCAAUAAAAUAAAGACAGCUUUGGAAAGGAGAAGGCACUUUAAAGACAUGAAACCUUGUAUCACAUGCUCUUGGAUGUUUUUAAGCAUAAUAAGCUAACUGGAUUUGGGUAUAUUCCCUUUAAGUUAAAAAUAAUAUGUAUUUCUAAUUUGCAUAUUUAAUUUUGUCAACACUGAGAAAUGUUCAUGGGUUGAAUUUGUAAAUGUAAUUUACAACCAAAUGAAGUAUUUAUUUUCAAAAAGAAAAGGUGGAGGAACCAAUAUCAACUUGUACAUAAUGAAAAUAUGCGUGUAUAUAUAUUUUUCCUUCUUGACACUACUUGAUCAUUAUAUCAGGUGUAUUUUUGUACAUAAUAUAUAUUGGUUAGAAAAAUUUAGAUUGUCUAUUGAAAGAAAUUCUAUCUCUGUGAUAGAGUAUAUUUAUCCUAAUCUAUUGAUAUUCUGAUUUGUUUUAAGAGAUAGAACUCUAUUUUUUAAACUUCCAGAGAAUUGCAUUCAUGGCUUCCACUUGUAAAUACGCUAAGGGUAUUUUAAUAAAACUUGGUUUCAUGUCCA